UAAUAAUAAUAAUAAUAAUAAUAAUAAAGGUUAUGUUGUGUUUAAGGUUAAGUUCGUAUAAUUAAACGCUUUUGGAUUCAUUGAUAAAUCAUGGAAGAUCCUGAAUUUAAUGAAGCGAAUUCGUGCACUAGUGCUAUACAGUGUGCCGAACGCAGUGCUGAGCCUAUGCAGUUAGAAUCAUCAGAUUCUAACAUUCGAGCUGAGCAGCUGGUUAGUAGCAUACAGAUGUAUGAUGUUCAGAUGACAUUAAAUGUAAGUGGUAGUUCAUUUAAGCAUGGUGAAGAAACUAACACGAGGUCAGAGCUUCUGCAUGGAAAUGGUAAUGAGCAUAAUGAGAUAGACCCAAAUGCAGAAGUCAAGUGUGUUCAAGGAGAAACCCUAAUAACAAAUAUGCCCAUUGAAGAAGGAGACAAGGACACAGACUCUCAGACAGUGGGACAAAUUAAAUAUUUUGAUAAAACUUCAAGGACUAAAGAAAUGCAGUUUGCAGAUGCGACUCUGCAAGAAACCACUUCUGCAGAGAUUGAUCAAGAAAUUACCUAUUCUUUACAAGAAUAUAAAUUUGAAAAUGGCAUUCAAAUAACUAGUGCUUGGAAGGAGUUCAAGAAGACUGAGGACAUUUGCAUGAAGGGAUGUAAAUGGUCACCAGAUGGCACAUGCAUCCUUACAAACAGUGAUGACAACAUGCUGCGUGUGUUUGAUCUUCCACCAGACUUGCACUGUCAGGAGUCCUGGAAGAAAGGCAGGAUUUUACCUGAACUAGAGCCAGCCCUGCGUGUGGUAGAGGGGGGACUUGUGUACGAUUAUUGCUGGUACCCACUCAUGUCUUCGUGGAAUCCACUUUCCUGCUGCCUGGUAAGCACUGCUAAAGAUUCCCCCAUCCACCUAUGGGAUGCUUUUACUGGUGAAUUGCGGUGCACAUAUCGGGCAUACAAUGCUGUAGAUGAAGUCGAAGCAGCGCACAGCCUGGCAUUCAGUCCAUCCGGGGAGAAGCUCUAUUGUGGCUUUAAAAAUACCAUAAGAAUAUUCAACACUGAUCUUCCAGGACGACAGUGUGAAACAAGGAACUUGAAAUUGUCACCUUUUCCCUCACAGAGGCAAACUGGGAUUAUAUCAUGCAUCUCUGUGAAUCCAGCAAUGCCUGAUAUUUAUGUGGCUGGGAGCUAUACCAAGUCCUUGGGUGUGUACGUGGAACCAAUUGGGACACCUCUUUGUCUUCUUCUGGGCCACACUGGUGGAAUAACACACAUACAGUUUUCACCAGAUGGCACCAAGCUAGUGAGUGGCGGGCGCAAGGACUCUGAUAUCAUCUGCUGGGACAUACGCAAUCCAGGGACCGUUCUCUUCUCUGUCCAGCGUAAUGUCACUACCAACCAGCGGAUGUAUUUUGACAUCACCCCUGAUUCUAGAUAUCUUGUGUCUGGUAACACAAAUGGCAGUGUUAGUGUCUGGGAUAUGUUGGACAUUUCAAAAGUAAAUGCAGAGGAACCAGUUCUUUCUCCAUACACAACUUUCUGUGCUCACAACGACUGCGUGAAUGGUAUAAGCAUUCAUCAGCAAUAUCCGAUCCUAGCCACGGCAUCAGGACAGCGCCACAUAUCCUGUUCAGGAUCAGAAUCUGACUCCUCAGUGGACAGCAGCUGUCAGGAGACAUGUCUGAAGUUAUGGUGGGUUGGUAACGUUACGUCAGAAUCAUAACAGAGGCUACCAAUCAACUGUGAAGAAUUCUGCAAAGACAAGUCCAGCUUGUGGCGAUCUCAUUGCGACAACUCGGCUAGAAACACAGCAGGACCAAGGGCAAGAAGGAAUUAAGAAAGAACAUCUGUUGGGAAUAUUAAUAUUGUGGCUUUCUGGGAUGUGAUGUCCUGUCAUUUGGUGCAUGGGUACCAGUGAUUUGGUAAACCACAUCAGAAGCAUAGGAAGAUGGAGAUAGCAGGUUCCUCCCAAACUUUAGUACCCAUGUACCAGUCUGCAAGGCAUCACAUCUCUGAAGACCAUAAUUUUAAUUUCUUCUGCCAUCGGGAAUCUUUAGUCUCGCUGUUGUUAGGACCCUGAUCAUAUGAAUGAAUGAAUGAAUGAAUGAAUGAACGUAUAAGGGGUGGGCCUUCUUGGCCCUUGCACCAUGACCACAGU